GAGCCGGAAUUUUUGUUGUUAGUGUUUUGGUUUUGGCUUCUUGCCAAGGCAGCCCCCUUUUAAAGUGGGUUUGGAAAGGUGAGGGAAAGUGCCCUGGGGACAAAGGGAACGCGGCUGGGAGCGGUGGACGAACUGUGAAGACCGCUUCUUUACCUCGCGAAUCGCCGCUGCUCUGAACCGGAGGAGAAGCUCAUCCUUCUCGUAGAGAUGGCGGCGGGCGGUUCUGUGUAACGGACCCGCACAACAGCCCUCUGGUGGCCUGUGAAGCAGCGGCUGUGAGCACGGGCGUGGGUGUCACACCUAGUCGUGUCUCCUGGAUCCGGAGAAAUGACUUGAACUCUGGCCCCGUGCCCUUGCCUGUAGGAUGAGGAUGAUUCUUUUCCACGUUGCGGAGUAGUUGCGAGGGUUAGAGGAAAUGAUCUGGGUUGAUAAGUUUAUCGUGGUGCUGGCGGGUACGUGAUAACUGUCAAUAUCUGAUGAGUGAGCCCGCUGGGCUCAGAGAAACCACGUUCAUGCAUCCACCCACCCAGGCGGGACUUGCCACCAGGUGAGCAGGCUCUUGUUUUAGAGCAAAGGAGACAGCUGUGAUUCUGAGGCACUAGACGCUCGUCCCCCGGCGCAGGGGAGAGGGUCGGGAGCUGUGUUCUGGGAGCUGUGGCAUGUGCCCCCGGGGGACCAGGAGCGCAGAAGGAAGAUGCUCCAGACCAGUAGCUACAGCCUGGUGCUCUCCCUGCAGUUCCUGCUGCUGUGCUACGACCUCUUCGUCAACUCCUUCUCGGAGCUGCUCCGCACGGCCCCCGUCAUCCAGCUGGUGCUCUUCAUCAUCCAGGACAUCGCGAUCCUCUUCAACAUCAUCAUCAUUUUCCUCAUGUUCUUCAACACGUUCGUCUUCCAGGCCGGCCUGGUCAACCUCCUGUUCCACAAGUUCAAAGGGACCAUCGUCCUGGCAGCCGUGUACUUCGCCCUCAGCAUCUCCCUUCACAUCUGGGUCAUGAACUUACGCUGGAAGGAUUCCAACCGCUUUGUCUGGACAGAUGGACUUCAAACGCUAUUUGUAUUCCAGAGGCUAGCGGCGGUGUUGUACUACUACUUCUACAAACGGACGGCCGUGCGGCUGGGCGACCCUCGCUUCUACCAGGACUCUGCGUGGCUGCGCAGGGAGUUCACGCAGGCCCGGAGGUGACUUGUCCCACGGGUGGAUGCCUCUCCUUCCUGACGCCAGCCACAGUUGUGGUUCUGCAAGGGGGAAGUGGGCCCUGUGCUCCAGGAAGAGCUGGACUUCGCUAGGACAGGCUCGGGCCACUCAUGUUUGUUCAGCCAAGAAGGACGAUUGUCCUCUUGCAAAGGGAAGUGCUCCCAACACAGACUCCAGAACGUACGUAGUGUCUCAGGUCUGCCCCCUGUCCUUUCUGCCCCCUCUUCUGCACGGGGGCCCUGUGGCUUCACCGCUGGGGAACUUCCCACUGAGCCUGGCACAGGGGCCUCCCACACCUCACUCUCUGCACACCUACUAAGGACCAAACAGUGCAAAGGGGUAUUUCCGUGCUCCUGGCUGAUUGCACCUUGGCCAUUUAGCUUUUAUGCCCAAGGCACUUUUUACAUUUUAUAAAUAGGAAAUAAAUUGAAUUUUUCCAUAAA